GAGCCCGCCUAAGGCCUUGCCCGGGCUCUGCUGCCGCCGCUCUGCGUCACGGCCCCGCUCCCGCCGGCUCCCGGGCGGCGGCGGAAGCGGCGGGGAAGGCGAGGCGGGAAGGCGGCGUUAAAGCAGCGGCGGGGCCGGGCCGGGCCGUACUGGGCCGGGCUGAUGGAGCCGGGCGGCGAGAGCGGCUGCUGGUUCCUGUACUACGCGUACGGCAGCAACCUGCUGCGGGAGCGGCUGCUGCUGCGCAACCCCUCGGCCGCGCUCUGCGCCCUGGCGCGCCUGCAGGAUUUUAAGCUCGAGUUUGGCCAUCAUCAAGGCAGGACAAGUUCUGUCUGGCAUGGAGGUACAGCUACCAUUGCUCAGAGCCCUGGAGAUGAAGUGUGGGGAAUAGUGUGGAAAAUGAGCACUUGCAAUCUGAGUUCGCUGGAUAAGCAAGAGGGAGUUGAGGAUGGCAUUUAUGUCCCAAUAGAAGUCAAUGUCCACACGCAAGCAGGAAAGGUACUGACCUGUCGAAGCUACCAGAUGAAGGACUAUGUCUCUGGUCCCCCUUCUCCACAGUAUAAAAAGGUUAUCUGCAUGGGUGCAAAACAGAAUGGCUUGCCAACUGAUUAUCAGGAGAAAUUAGAAGCUAUUGAAACUAAUAACUAUGCAGGACCGGUGCCAAUCAUGGAAGAAAUUGAAGCUGCUGUUAAAGCAGAGAAAAUAAAUUCUGCAUAGAAUGCCUCUGCAUUUGCUUGGCCAUUCACCUUGAUUUAGAUACUUCUCCUCACUGUGCUGAUCAGCAGUUUCUUUAUUUAUCAAGAAAAGAUGAGUUUGCUGUGCAUCUACAGUGAACUAUUAGACAUAACUUGCAGUCUGAAGUCACACUGACAUUGGUAACUUCUUUUUGUAUGUAUAGCUUGACUACAUGCUGAUGUACAUGCUGCAAGUUCAUUGCAGAUUUAGAAAUUAUCUUUCUGUAAUUGUCAUGCAGUGCUGCAUGUAAAUUUGUGCUUCAUGUCCAAUUUGCUGACCUUUUUAAAAGAAAAAGGCCAUCUUCAUGAGUUUUGGCACCUGUUGCCUUCUGAGGAAUAAGGGCUGCAGGAUCAGGUCAUGUGUUUGUAAAAGUUAUACAUAUACAUGGCUACAUUUGUUAGAUGCAAAGUAAAGUCAAACCUCUAAGGCUAAACCUUUUUCUCUGCUACUUCUCUUAAUGGUUUAAAACCCAUCCUAUCUGAUGCUAUGGAGUUCCUGUUCCUGUUUUAUAGUUAAUAAAAAAGUAGCAUUUUUUAAACUCCUUCCAUGUUUUAUAGUGUCAAAAGGCAGCCUGAGCCUGAAGACAAUAUUCAGCAAAGCAUCUCGUUCAAACCAUCACAGCUUCCUUCCUUUCAAUGUCUAGUGAAAGUCAUAGAUGAACUGGUUAGCUAUAACCAAGGCAUUUUUGAAAGAGUUCAUUUUAGUUUGAUAUUUCCAAGGGGUUUUUUUAAUUACCUUUUUGACUGGCUUGUUUGCCUAUCUAGGCCUUGGUCCAGUGAAAUCAGAAAAUCUCCUUUGAGUCCUAGCACAUUUAUUCUGUGGGGUUUUUUUGUCUGUUAAACUCUAAAUGAACA